GUUUUAGAAAUUUCCCAGCAUGCCGUGAGAUGUAAACGAAUUUCAAAGAUGGCGUCUGUUUUGAACAUUUUUUUGCAUGUGGAUUGUGGAAUUUCGCAGUUUUCCGAGAUAUCAAGGCGGUGAAUCGCACUCAAACACUACAGCGAGACAGUGGGGGAAGAAUACACACUCUCUGUGGUUAGUGCUGUGAGGUGAGUUAUGACUGCCAUGAUGCCGGGACAGUACAGCUAUGGUCCAGCCCAGGGACAGUCUUACGGAUACAGGACCAGCAUGGGAGCUAAUGGGACAGGUUUCCAAUUUAGGAAAAGGUUUGAAAGAGUAGACUGGAGAAAGAUAGCCUCAGUUGAUGUUGACCGUAUCUCCCGGGAGCUGGACUUCCACAGUCUUCAGGACAACAUCAUGAACAUCACCUUCUGUGAUAUACAGCAGGAAGUGGAUUUGAGAAUGGUAGACCCCACUUUUGUCAAAUUGUUUCGCCUGGCACAGCUCACAAUAGAGUAUUUGUUGCAUUCACAAGACUACCUGACUAACAUUGUGGGUUCACAUGAUGAAAAACUCAGAAAAGCUAAUGAGGAACAUGAGAAGACCAGACAGGAGAUGGGGAAGCUGAAAGAAGAGCUGCAGAAGGUGAAACAGGAGAGCAGGAAGAGGAAGAAGAUGUUAGCAGCUCAACAACUCAUCAUGCAGGCUGGAGCAAACAACUACCACAAGUGCCCCCACUGCAACAAGGCCUUCCUGAACUCCUCCUUCCUACAACAGCAUGUGUACAGGAGGCACCCGGAGUCUCUACCCCCCUCCGAUGCCACCAUGGUACAGUCCAGGGCUGCCACUCAGAAACUGGAGGGAGAACUCACAGAGAUCAAGGAGAGACUCAGACUCACUGAGUCACAACUACAGGAUGAGAGGAAUCAAAGAAACCUGGGGAUUGCUCAGGACAUGGAAAAACAACAGAGAGUACAGGACCAGAGCAGGAAGGAGAUGGAGGCAUGGAAGGACCUGCAGGAGAAGAAAUAUCAGGAACAAAUGGAAAAGAUGAGCAACAUGUUUAUGAAGGAGCUAAAAGAGGUGAACGAGAAGUACCAGGCAUCCCAGAAUGCAUUGCUGGAGCUGCAGAAGUCCGGCCCGAGGUCAAACCUGGGCGCGUUACGGGACGACAUGGAGGAGGAACGGGAGAUGCUGAGGAAACAACAGGAGGAGGUGCAGCAGCUGAAGGAAGAGCUCAAUGACAAGAUGGCAGGAAUUGAGGCCAACAUGAAGGGAGACUUGAAGUCUCAGCUGAAUUCCCAGGAAGACAAGUGGAAAAACAGGAUGAGAAAGAUGCAGGACAAACAUACACAGGAACUAGAGAAGAUGAACAGUUUGCUGUCAGACUCGACCUCAGCGCUGCAGAACGAGCGAGAAGGAAUCGUGAACAAGUCUAAGAAGAAAGACCAGCAGGUGGAGGAGAUGAUCCGCAGGGCCAAGGAGCAGGAGAGACUCAUCAAACAGCAGAGGAAACAGAUAGAUGACCUGGCUAGCAGGCCGCCUGCAGUUGCCCCCAGGAGUGAAGGCAAGCCCCCAGUGUCCCCCAGCCCCCCCAAGAGAGGCCCCUCCCCACAGAAGGUGCCCGUCAUACGGGAACCGUCGCCGGAAACAACAGAGGAGUCGGAGAGUGAAGAAGAGGAAGAGGAGGAAUCUACCAUGGAGGACACCAUGUUAUCUACUAAUGACCUGACGGGGACCACUAGGAGCUUGAGACUGGUGGAGGCUCUGAAGAAGAACCCGACUCUGAUCCAGGGGAUCAAGAACGAACUUGAAGAGGAGCUACAGGUCAACCUGGAGAAGAGAGGGAUAAGGCCGGGCACCACGGGGAUAACCGCUCAGUCAUUGGAGAACAAACUGAAAAUCCUGAAAACGGAGAGGGUCCAGAUUGCCGAGCAGUACAAGGAAUUCUGGGAUGUACGCCAGCAGCACCUGGACUUCGUGGACAGCCGAGCAAAAGAGCUUCAGAAGUCUCCAAAGUCUGUCGGUAGUCGACCUUCCUCAGCCCAUACCACAGGCUCCCAGCAGCAUGGCUGGUCUGACCAGACCCCUCCCCCUGUCAGGGCCGCCCAGAAGAGACCCCGCCUGGACUCAGGGGCGCAGAGACAGGGCCAAGGGUCAAAGGUCAGGAAGGAUCCCCCCAAACCUGCCCCCAGGACGGCCACACCGGACAGACUGGACAGAGAGCACCUGUCAGCUACAGGGACACUGACCAGUACUGGUUCUGAAGAUGAUUACUCCUUGUCAUCGGAAAGUGAAGUUUCCCUUCCUGAGAUCCACGAUGCUGGCCCCAGGACCCCCAGUCCCACCCCUACCCCCCAGCCCAGACAGCGCACCCCCUCCAGCCCACAGCCUGCCCCCAGGGGAGGGGCUGUGGCCAUUCCCCACGCUGGGGAAGACGAGACUGAAAGCAACUGGGACUCAGAAAGUGGCAGUGAGUUGGAAGAAAUCAGCCCAAGCAAAGUGAAGACAGGGACAUCCAAGCCUCGCUCCCCCGUGUCUGCAGUGAGACAGCCCCAGGGUACCAUAGUGAAGGAGCUGGCACAGUCCAUUGAGGCCCAGCUCACGGGGAGGAGGAGGGACGAUAAGAAGCCAGUGGGAGCGGUGGACGCCAUGUCAGGGGAGAAGGCACAGGGACAAGCAAACAGGAGAACUAGCAGGGACAGCUUCGAGGAUGAAGAAGAUGACAGCCAUGACACCUUCUCCCUGUCUUCUCUAUCAGAGAACCCUGAUGGUCGCAACAGGUCGCGCCCUCCUACUGCAGGUACCAGUAGACACCAUGACUCAGACUCCACCAACACCCUGGGGACCAGUGUGUGGGGAUCUUCAGCUGGGGCCAGAGCAAUGAAAGACCACAACACAGGCAGACCCUCCUCUGUGAAGAGCUCCUUGGUGUCAGUCACUGACUGGGAUGAUGAUGACCUUGACCUCAGUGAUCUCUAACCUCUGACCCCACCCAUGAUGCCUUGUGCCCUUCAGUUCUUUCCUACAUCCACUUCAUGCAUUUGAGAUUGGGUUGCUCAAAGACUGAAAUGAACAUAUCAUUAUCCAUAGUGCACAUCUGUGCAGCUAUAUGCAGUUAUACACACUGUAUGACCGUAUUGUAUAUUCUUGAUUUAGACUGAUUGAAAAAUGUUCCGAUAAAGUAGAAAUCACUUUAGCUGGACAAUAGUACAUACGGUACAUUCAAACAACAAUGUCUUCACAGUGAUAAAUUUGAUAGUAGUGUUAGUCCUUCGAAUUCCCUACCUUUGUUUACUAUCAGCCAUUCACUGUUACCAGUGUGAGUGACAAAAAACAAUACUAUUAGGCUGUCUCCAUUCAGGAACAUGUG